GUUUGGCAGCCAUCUUGAUUCUUCUCCCUGCAAACUGUCUCAAUCUACCCACGCUACGCAACGCUUUUAAUUUGAUCCAGACAAGUAACAAGCUAUAGUGACGAGGAGUAGGUCUGAUACGGCAUCAUGGCUGAUGCUACGGCCAGGUCGUUGCAGUAUGAGUACAAAGCGGUGAGUUUAUAAAGGAUUUUUGCAGCGUUUUGAACCACGUGGUUGUAGAAUUGGAUAAAAAUUAUCAUCGUCAGCUCGUUGCAGCCUUUUAGUGCAAUUGGAACAAGUAACCAUUAGGAACAAGAGAAGGGCAACAGUUAAAACGUGUAUAUCUAUUUAUCGCGAGCUCUAAGCCGGCCUCCACUAAUGUCAUAUCCUACAUUCGCAGCACUAACUACAAGUGUUAUCCUGAACACUUUAAUUCAAAUUCGUCAAAGCGAAAUCAGUUGGCGUAAUUAAUGAUUUUGAAAAAUUUUCGCCAUUUUCUUUAUUGCAUGCAUUUCUGCAUGGACAAAGAUGCUUUCAGCAGUUUGACGGAAUCGUGUCACCUGCCCAUCGCAGGAUAGAGUUUCCUGGAGCUCAAUAGUAAAGCGUUGAUUUGCAGGUGUAGGAGUUUCUUUUGGGGAACUUGGAAUUUUUACCUCAGGAAUCAUGCAUACAUCUUUCUUUAUUUCAUGGCUUAGCUCAAAAUUUAUCUUCUAUCACAUUCCAUUGCCUGAAUUAAAGUUUUGUAUGAUAAAAUUUCUAACAAUUUUUUAUCAUCUUUCUCAUAUGAUUGUGUCUUUGAUCAAAAGCUGAUGUUUCAAGCAUUAGCCCUUCGUCAGAGCUCUGAAAAAAACUCUUCACAGUGGCCAAUUUAUCAUAUCAAAUCAGUUGAUAAUGCUAAAUUACUCUGUUAAACUCUCCUACUGACACAGCACCACAGUUUCUUUAGAAACUUAUCCCCUUAGUGAUUGUGUAUUUUUUUGUUUCUAGAACUCUAAUCUUGUUUUGCAAGCUGAUCGUUCCUUGAUUGAACGGCGAGGACGUGAUGAAGCAACAGGGGAGGUUGUGUCCCUCGUGGGUCACAUUGGGGGAAUUAAAAUGGGUGACAAGUACCAAAGAACAAAACCACCUGUAUCAGAAGAGAAAAAGGCCAAGUAAGUAAACUGUUAUGGGUACAGUUUACUGUACAUCCACCACAAUACAACUAGCUAUUUUUAUUCUGAUUUCUGAGGGAUAUCUGACAUGUAGUAAUCACUCUUUUUAGGAGAGAAAUCAUUUUGCUGUUUGUGCUGAAGAGUUUGUCCCCCCCUAAGAGUGACUAGCAUCUAAUUUUUCCUUGCAGUAUCCCCCCUGAAUCACUCAUCAAGGUCACGAGAAUGAAGGAAAUGAACAUUAACAAAAGAAGCUCUUGAUUGUUGCACAAAUUCUCCUUGUCAGAACCUUAGGAAAUGUUUAGAGAACAGUGAUGAGAAUGUACACACUGAUAUUAGGGAGUAAAGGGUUAAUAUGAGCUGGUUCUCUUGUAGACGUCAGAAAAUGAUGGAGAAAGAAGACUUUACCAAGAGCAAGACCAGUAGCAGUCUUCUGUCAGCUGAGUCAUCAGACUUAGCUGGUGUUCGAUACAGGCCAAAAACCAGGGAAACCAAAUCCACAUACGAGGUCCUCUUGAGCUUUAUACAAGCAGCUAUUGGUGAUCAGGUAACUAUGAAGAUGUGUGCUCUGUUAAAACACUGCAUCUCUGAGGAUUUUUGUUGCUAGUUUUUUAGAAGACAUUAUAGUGAACAGAACAUUUCCUUAUACUGUAUGUAUAACUUAUAACCACAAGAACUUUCCUGGAUACUGGUAGAUGUAAAUGUGCUAUUUUUUGUUGAAUUCUUUUUUUUUAACCCAGCCACGAGACAUUCUUUGUGGAGCUGCGGAUGAAGUGUUGAUAGCUUUGAAGGAUGACAAGCUGAAGGUAUGAUGUUCAUGCAAUUUAGGGUCUACUUGAUACAUAAUUGGUUAUUAGUAGAUUCCCUUGAAACCUGACUGACUGGUUUUCAUACUUCUUUAAGAAAUGUGAAGGGGAGAAUACUAGGUAGACCAUUUGUGCAAAAUGUUCUGCCUGAAUUUUGGUGGCCUGAGCUAAUUAUUUUCUUUAGUGAUUACACAUGUACAGUUGUAUGUGGGCUAUCUCUGUGUUACUUUAUGCCAUUUUCUUCCAACUAUAUUCUGUAAUUAAAACUUUGAUAAAGUAGAGCUUUCUGCAAGAUUACAGCUCUAAGCUGUACUGUAUGUUUUAAUGCUUGUUGGUAUCAUCAAGUCUACUGUAUUCCUCUCUUAGCUUACCACAGUCAUGUGAUUGUUCCAUGUGCCUGUUUAAUGUGGAGAGGGAAAUUCACCUAUCCCUUGGGAAGUUAUCCAAGCCAAUUUAUUAAUAAUUUGCUUGGUCCUUGAAAGGGUUAAACAAGUUCUUUGAACAAAUGUUAAGUUGCAGUGUAUGCGUAUUCUUGUCAAUAUUUUACCAAACACAAAGACUUUUGCUUUUGAAUGAUUGUCAUUAUUUUAGUGUAACAUAUGUAGCUAUAGAUUUACUUCGUGCAAAAUUAAUGGUUUUAUGUCAGGAUAAAGAACGACAGAAAGAGAUUGUGUCCCUUCUUGGUGGAAUGCCUGAUGAAAGAUAUGCCUUAUUGGUGAACUUGGGGAAAAAGAUCACAGAUUACUCUGUUGAUAGGAGUUUACUAAAUGAUGGUGAUUAUAUAAUUAUUUUUAGCACUAUAAGUUCCAAGUUUUUACCUAAUUCGAUUUCUCUUGAUUAUUUUUCCACAACUUGCUUUUUCAUUAUUUGAAGUAGUAAAAGAAAACAGUAAAAGUAAAACUUGCUGAUCAAAAUGAUUAAAACAAACCCAUGCUUUACCUGAUUCUGAAGAAAGCCAUGUGGAUUAUUUGGUUUAUGAUAAUGAUCAGUGAGGGAUAAUGAUUAGUACAUGUACCAAAAUUUUAGCUGUUUGUUCCCUAACAUCAGUAUGCACACUCUCUAUACUGUUCUCUAUACAUUUCCUGAGGUGCUGAGAAUGAGAAUUUGUUAAACAAUCAAGGGUUUGUUUAGUUGGUGAUCAUUUCCUCAAUUCUUGUGACCCUUGUAUGUGAUUCAGGGGUGAUAUUGUAAGGAGAAAUUACAGUUGUAGAUGAUAGUCACUCUUUGGGUUGAAAGGGGUAAUUCUUGUUGCAUUCUUCCAUGCUGGUUCAAGACAAGCAUUUGUUCUUUUUCUUUAUACAGAUGAGGUUAUUGAUGAGACAUAUGGUGUGGCUGUGCAGUUUGAUGAAGAAGAGGAAGAGGUAUUUUAAAACAUAAAAUCUGAUAAAAACUUGUGCUAACAUCCUUGUAUUGUCCUAGGCAGCUAUGUAUAAACACAAUCACAUCUAAGUUAUUGACAACAGAUAUACUAAAGAGUAUACAUGUACUUACAAUAUUAUAAUCUUGAUUAUCGGGACUUGUGGGAACUGAAUAACCCCUGUAAUUGCGAGUCCAGAUAAUUGAAAAAUAUGAAUAUCAAUAAGCCAAAAAUAAAACUGAAUGACUCAAAAGAGAAUACAUGUCAUUCAAUCAAUAUUAUGCAUGAAUUAAAGUACAGUUACAAAUCAUUGUGUAUAAACUGUUAACAUUUGUCAAAAGUAUUUACAAAAAGUUAUUUAAUAAGCUAUAUGUAACCAACGACCCAAUAAAUUGGGACCUGAGAAGUAAUUCCAAUAAUCGAAAAAUCAGGAUAAUGGAAAAUCCUGAUAACCUCGGUCCAUGAUGGAAAUAUCUUUUUCAUGAAUUGCAGGAAGAUAAAGACUUUGAUGAAGUCCGUGAUGAAGAGCCCAGUGAUGAGGAGGAAGGAGUAGAGGCUGAUACAACCAUGACUCUCCAGGGAGGGGUAAGAUAUUUUUCAUUUGGGGUUUUUUUUGUUCCACAGUAUCUGUUACCCUUAAUUUCUAGAGGGUGGUGUACAUAUUUGCAUGUGCUACAUGUAUUUGUGCAUUUACCUGUACAGGAUCCCAAUUUUAUUUAAAUGUGAACUGUGAGUGAAAUUUGAAUCAUACUAACAGUAGUUUAUAAGCAUUCCUACUGAGAGCUUUUUGAAAGCUACUCUUUGAUUUUGAGGUCUUAAGGUUAGAAUCCUUCAUAGAGACUACAAUGUCCUCUUUGUCCUAUCUUGAGAAAGAUUAUUGUGAGAUAUUAGGAAAUGUUAUCAGUAAAUGUGUAGUUGAUCACAAUCUUAGGUUAAUUUUUUGUUAUUUCUCAUGCAGCUUGAAGAAGACAGAGCUCAAAGAACAGGUGAUGUUCUUCAUCCUCGAGACAUUGAUGCCUUUUGGCUGCAGCGAGAAUUGAACAAGUAUUAUGCAGAUGCUGAGGCUUCAAGAUCAAAAGCUGAAGAAGUCCUGGAGAUCCUGAAGAGUGCAAAGGAUGAUCGUGAGCUGGAAAACAAAAUGAUGCUUCUUCUUGGACAUGAUAAGUUCUCUUUUAUCCGGUUACUGCGGAAGAACAAGAGCAUGGUGCUGUAUUGCACACUGCUUGCAACUGCACAGAGUGCAAAGGAAAAGAAAGAGAUUGAAGAGAAGAUGAGUGCUGAUCCAGAUUUGGCCUCCAUCUUGCAUGCACUGACUGAGACAGAACAAGAAGAUUUGAUUCAGGUCAGACAACUUCAAAACUUUAACUUACAAAGCAUAUCUAACCCUUCAUUUAUUUUAUUUAGUUUUUAAGUUAUUGAUAAAUCUUUAUUUGAAUUGAAAUUAUGUUUACAAUUGCAAAAGGAGAGCAAGCAGAGAAGAACUUAAUCUUCUUAUUAACCCUUUUAACUCCCAUGAGUGACCAAGACAGAAUUUCUCCUUACAAUUUCAAUACAAUAUCAACCAGCUAGGUGAUGAGAAUAAAGAAAAAUAUUAAUUUGGGGAUAAUUAAUUGAUCUAAUACAAAAUUCUCUGAACUAACAUGAUAAGAAUUGUAUGGUUGGCAGUAAAAAGUAUUACAAAUUUGAUCUGGGAGUUAAAGGGUUAAGCUGAUCCCCAGACCUAAAAAUAAACUCUAAUUAGUGAUAUGCUAUAAGAUAAAACUUUAUCACAUUUGACAACAACAAAUAUUUUUUACUUGAAUGAUCAAGUAAACUGAAAUGAUUUUUACUUGUUAACAACAAUAUCAAGAGAAAAAAAACUAAGGAGCACACAAAUGCUUAUACAGAAGGUCCUUGAGUUUUUGAGCAUUGUCUGCCCCUGAUAACAUUGAUUAAACGGGAACAACAAUUUUAUUUAACUCCAAUGAACUGAUUGGUAUUACUUCAUGUUGUUUGCUGCUGGGUUUCAUUUUGUAUGUGGUACAAUGUUUGUUGGCAAAUAGUGUUAACCCUUUAAAUCCCAUGAGUGACCAGGAUAGAAUUUCUCCUUAAUAAAUCAAUACAAGGUCAAGCAGAUAAGUGAUGAGUAUAGAGAAAAAUAUCAGUUAGGGGAUUGUUAGUUAAUGCAAUACCAAAUUCUUUAAACCAACAUGACAAGAAUUGUAGGACAGACAGAAAGGAGAAUUACUGAAGAGAUCUGGGAGUGAAACAAUAAAGUGUCAGGAGGAUUUUCUUUAUGUCUGGAUACUGAGCUGUCUACCUCACCCAUGUGGAACCCUCAGCACAAUGGUGAUCUCUAACCUGGCUAGUGAUGAAAUAAAAUAAAAUAAUCAUGAAAAAUAAUCUUGGUAUUUUUUGUUGCAGGAGGAAAGAGCUCGCAAGGCAGCCAAUAGGAAAGCAAGAAUUGCAGCAGAUUUGGAUGCAUUUGAAUCUGAUCAGGUAUUAUUGUCAUUGUUCAUUGGAAUACUUAAGACUUUCUAUUGGUUUAGCGGCAUUAUUACCCAUUGUUGGGGGAAUGAGGUAAUGUAAACAAAGCACAGACCAAGAGGCACUACUGUGUAAAGUUGAGAUUGUUCUUACCUGACUGGCAUGGUUUUGACUGACAUAACACAUUCCAGUUAUAUUUUCAGUGUUUAUGGUUUUCUGGGUGUUGCAGUAGAAUUCUUUAUUGAUACACAAAGGAGUAUUGAUCUUUGCCUUAAGAGAACACUCUAUUUUAGAACUUUACUUAAAAUGUCAUUAGUGAGAUUUUCUUUCCCCCAACAGACUCGUGGUAGUCGCAGAAUUUUAGAUCUGGAAGAUCUAGCGUUUAAGGAUGGGAGUCAUUUGAUGGCCAACAAGAAAUGUCAGCUGCCUGAUGGAUCAUUCAGAAAGCAAAGAAAAGGUUAUGAGGAAGUUCAUGUUCCAGCUUUGAAACCCAAACCAUAUGAAGCAGGAGAGGUGAGGAUGUACUUAAGAUCAAAGCAGUUUUUCUCCCUUCUGGUUGUUGCCCAUCUCCUGGUGGAUUUAUGAAGAGAAUUUGGUGAUAGAUUGAAGUUAUUUAAACCAUUCAGCUGAGAAGUUAAUUUCCCCUAUGUGUCUAAGUCAAGUGGGCUGUAUGAUGAAGUUCCUAUCCUCAAUUUUCAGGAGCGAGUCUCUAUCACAAGUCUUCCUAAAUAUGCACAACCUGCCUUUGAAGGCUAUGAAUCUUUGAACAGAAUCCAGAGCCGAUUGAGCAACUCAGCUCUAAACACUGAUGAGAACCUGUUGCUUUGUGCACCAACUGGAGCUGGCAAAACCAAUGUGGCUCUAUUGACCAUCUUGAGGGAGAUUGGCAAGCACAUCAACCUUGAUGGAACAAUCAAUCUGGAGGAAUUCAAAGCUAUUUAUGUUGCACCCAUGAAAUCUCUUGUGCAGGAAAUGGUUGCAAAUUUUACAAAGGUGAGGCAUCUUCAGAAAAAUUUUAACCCUUUAACUCCCAAAAUCUGAUUUUCACUCUCCCCUCUAGCUGCUACACAUUUCUUUGUAAAUUAGUUAUAAGAAUUUGGAGUUAGAUCAAGAUAAAAACUUCUACCUGUUAAGUUUGAGUAUUCUCAUUACCUGUUUGCCAGAUAAUGUAUGGAUAUUUUGGGGAGAGGUUACAUGUUAAUCACCCAAAAGGUGAAGGGUUAACUAUUUCAGGAUUGCACUGUUUUGCUUUAUUGUGCACCAUGAUUGGUCAAGGAGGCAUGUGCUAUAUUCUUAACCAAUCAGAUGCAAAACUGAAACUAUUGGUCUCUCUCCCCAGUCACAAGAUUUCUUUUGUAAGCAUUUUUUUUUUUUUCAUUUUACAUACAUUUUCUUUCUAACAUUUUGUGAACUGAUCUUUGGAAUUCAUAACUAAAAAGGGUCUCUUUUUUUUCCUAUUUUUUACAUGGUAUCACUUUCAGAUCACACUAUAAAUGCAUGCUUUUUCAAGUUUUAAAGUGAUGAAGUGUUUAUAAAAAUUUAGCCUAGUCAAUAGAAGUGGGACUCUUAAGUUUUUCAUUGCAAAUGUUCAGUAAGUCCUUAUGUUGUCUUCUAGCCUGAUUGAUUUUUUAAAUUUUUCUUCAUUCAGAGACUCAGCACAUAUGGAAUAACAGUAUCUGAGUUAACAGGAGAUCAUAACAUGAAUAAGGAGCAGAUCAACAGCACCCAGAUCAUUGUCUGUACCCCUGAGAAAUGGGACAUCAUUACCCGGAAGGGAGGAGAGAGAACAUUCACACAGCUUGUCCGCCUCAUCAUCAUUGAUGAGAUUCAUCUUCUUCAUGAUGAUCGUGGUCCAGUUCUAGAAUCUCUAGUUGCACGCACCAUUCGACAGAUAGAAACAACUCAGGAGCUUGUGCGACUGGUUGGGUUGAGUGCCACUUUACCAAAUUAUGAAGAUGUUGCAACCUUUAUGCGUGUGAAUCCUGCAAAGGGUUUGUUCUUUUUUGACAACAGCUUCAGACCUGUUCCACUGGAGCAGCAGUACAUUGGUGUUACAGAGAAGAAACCAAUAAAAAGGCUGCAGGUAGAGACAUGUACCAGUGGCCUUUGAGUUAUGAUUGCUAAUGACAGGCCUCGGCCGAUUUCGUCAAUGAGAGCAAUAGUGUUAAUUGUUUAUAUUUUUGCCCUUAAUUUUUGACUCAUAUUAAGGUACAACCCCUCAAAUUGUAGAUCCAAAUAUAGGCAUUGUUUCAAGAGAAAUCAAGGGAAACUUGAAUACAUUUGAAUACAAUAACAAAUCACAGGAAAUUGCUGAGUUUGAGUGUGUGAAUCAGUUGGCAUUGUUAUGAUAUUGUCACAUUAACUAUUUUUUUAACUCUUUAACUCCCAAGAUCUGAUUAUUUAUUCUCCCCUCUAGCUGCUACACAUUUUCAUGUAAAUUGAUAAUGAGAAUUUGGUGAUAGAUCAGAUAACAACUUCUACCUGAUAAGUUUGAGUAUUCUUAAUACUGGUUUGUUGUACAAUUUAUGGAUAUUGUUGGGAGAAGUUACAUUUUAAUCACUUCUGGGGGUUAAAGUGUUAAUGAGGAGUAACUCUGUGUUUCAGGUGAUGAAUGAUGUUGUUUAUGAGAAAGUCAUUGAACAUGCAGGAAAGAACCAAGUGUUGAUCUUUGUUCACUCAAGAAAGGAGACCAGUAAAACAGCAAGGGCCAUAAGAGACCUUUGCCUGGAAAGAGACACUUUAGGACAUUUCUUGAGGGAAGACUCGGCAAGCACAGAAGUGUUGAGGUUGGUAUUGAUAUUUUACAUCACAGACUUACAUCCUCAACAAGCUUACAUUCUACAUCUAUCAACUUUCCCAAUUUUUUUUUCCACUCUAAUUUUUAAGAGUUUAUCAUCAGAUGAACAUGAUUCAAGUGAAAUAUUUGCUAAUGUCUUAGAACUUGGUUGGUAUACAAUGAACCCUUUAUAUUGGUUAGUAUAAUUUGCUUAAGGCAGCAAAGGUCUAUGCACACUGUACUUGUACUGGUUAGCCAAACAUAUAAACCUUCACUCUUUCUAUAAAAAAUUAUAGGGGGUAUCUUUCCUUUAUAAUAAUGAUAAUGAUAAAUGGGAACCUCAAGAAAAGAAAUGGUAGACAGUUUUCAUACAUGAACAUGACAUAGGAUUGUAAAUGUAGACUUCCAUUGAAACAAGUGUCACAACUUGAAUUUUGAAUUUGUUGAGCACACCCAUGUUGAGAUGACACAUGCUUUUCGAUGAAAAGUGUUCUUCUUGAAUGCUGUACUUUAGAACUGAAGCUGAGCAAGCUGUGAACUUGGAACUCAAGGAUCUGCUCCCUUAUGGUUUUGCUAUUCAUCAUGCUGGUAUGACAAGAGUGGACAGAACUCUAGUAGAAGAUCUCUUUGCUGACAGGCACAUCCAAGUGUUAGUCUCCACAGCCACGCUGGCUUGGGGUGUGAACUUGCCUGCACACACAGUCAUCAUAAAGGGAACACAGGUGAGAAUUUCCUUUUAUGGUGGACAAUUGCAGAUUAACUCAGUGCUGAGUUGCCAAGAACUUUUUGGCAAGGAAUGUGAUAGUGCCAAACAGGUUCAUACAUGUAUGUGAGAAGUGUCCUACAUACCUUUAGGGUCAGGAAUGUGGUAGGAAUGAUAAUAAUAAUGAUAAUGAUAACAACUUGAUUUUGGUGUCUAAUGGCUCUAGCACCAACCAAAUACAUGUGCUAAUUACGACAUUUGAAUUACAGUUACAGUCCUCCUGACCUAAAGUUCCAGUUAAAUUACUUACAAUCAUUUCAAGUACAUGUUACUAAGAUAAAUCUCUAUUCAGUUAAAAGAAAAUCUAUUCUGCAGAGUUCCAAAAUAAGAAAUUAUAUUUACUGUACUAUUAAUUGAGAGAAAGGCAAAUCCCUAAGAUUCACACUUUUGACAGAGGCACUUUUGAUCUAAAAGUUCACCUAAGCAUGUUCAUGUUGUUCAAAGACAGUAUUUGUGAUGACAGGAGUUGUACAUUAAGGAUGCUUGUUACAUAAGGAGAGUAAAUUACUAACAAGAAAGUACAAUUAACUGAAGGGUGAAAUGUUGAAUCAAAGAUCAUUUAAAUGAUCAACUUCACAUUUUUCAUGUCAAGUGAAAUACAAUUUUCUACAGCAAUAGCAAAAUUAAUACAUACAGUGAAUAACAGAAGACAUUAGAAUACACGCAUUUGUUAAACCGUUGCAUGUUUGUUAUGUUUCUGUGGCACAUAUAUGUUCCUAUGCACUCUGAUGGACAUGUAAUUUACACUUAUUACAUGCACUUGGCAUGCAUCUGGGGUGCCACAGUAUGCACAAGUGGUAUUGUACAUGUAAGUCUGUUGCAUAUACAAAAGCUAUGAAAUCAAACAUUGGUCAGUGUAUUGCUUUGAUUUGUGUGCAAUGAUACCAAGGAUGGGCAGCAACAUGAUCUUUGACAGUGCAGUUUUGUGCUUUUACAGAUCUACAAUCCUGAGAAGGGUCGCUGGGUGGAGCUGGGUGCACUAGAUGUGAUGCAGAUGCUGGGGCGCGCAGGUCGUCCACAGUAUGACACCAAGGGAGAAGGCAUCCUGUUAACAAGUCACAGCGAACUGCAGUAUUACCUUUCACUCAUGAAUCAACAGGUGACUCCAAGAAUCUGAUGAUUAGUCCUUUACACGCUAACAUUCAGGGGGGAUUUUGAAAGGAGGAAUUAGCUGCUAGUCACUCUCAGGGAUUAAAGGGUUAAUGCUCCCCUCUUGUUGCUAUGUAUUCCCUUGUAACUUGAUGUUGUGUCAAGUAAACAUUCUCCACUUGAUAGGGUUGUUUCUUUUUUCUAUCUGUGGCUGAAAAGUGUAAUGAGAUUUUUUAGGAGAAGUUCUAUGCUGAUCACUUGUGGAGGUUGAAGGGCUAAUGCUUGUAACUGCACUUCUCUUUGAGAUGAACUCAUGGAAACACAAUUAUUUGAAAUAUUCUGGUCAGCCUUUAACUCCCACAUCUGACCAAGGCAGAAUUUCUCAUCCCAAUACCAAUACGACAUCAAGCAGACAAGUGAUUAGAAUAAUGAAAAAUUAUUGGUUGAUCCAAUACCAAAUUCUCCAAAGGAACAUCAUGAGAAUCGUCUGGCAGACAUCAAGGAGAAUUUCGUCUGAGAUCUGAGGGGGUGGUAGGGGUAGAUUUUAAAAAUGGAUUGAAAUGCAGAUGACAAACAAACCAUCAUUGGUUAACUUCUUUAAAUUAUAACAGAAUUCUUGUAAACAGGGGGAAGUUACAUGUAGCUUUUUUGUCGUGUUCAUAUUCAACCCUUCAGGAUACAGUUUUCAAUCAUCACAGCUAGUCUCAGAUACGCAAGUCCUGUUUAGUCAUCUAAUUAAGUGAUUUAUCUCCUUCAGUUGCCCAUUGAAAGUCAGUUUAUCAAUAAACUGGCUGACAAUCUCAAUGCUGAAAUUGUCCUGGGGACAGUGCAGAAUGCUAAGGAGGCUGUGCAUUGGUUAGGUGAGAUGUGGCAUCUUUGUGAUCCAAAACUGAGUCUUCCUCACAUUUUUGGAAUUAUGGAGCUUGUAGAACUGCUUUUGAUUAUUGAUUUUAAUACUCUUUUUCAUCAGGGUACACUUACUUGUAUAUUCGAAUGCUGAGAAAUCCUUCCUUGUACGGGAUCUCUCAUGAUGAGAUCGAAAAGGACCCACUUCUUGAACAGGUUUGGCUUUUUAAAUGUAAAGCUUCGUGGCAUACAGUGGGCAUGUUUUAGUAUGCCAGCCGAUGUUUUCGAUUAAAAAAUAUUUACCUGGAAACUGAUUUGUGAUUGAAAUUAAUCCAAAGCUUUAAAUUGAUCCUUGUUUUCUUGAGAAUGGCUCUUGCAGAUGCUGGUUCCUUGUUAGUGGUUGUGUGGGUUGAUCUUCCUCUGAUUGUUUUGCCUUUGAAGCAACAUUUUGCUCAAAAAAGCUAAGAUUUUGGAAGAGAAAUUGUAGAUAAACUGAAGCAAAUUACCUUGCUCUAAUUCAACCAUUACCAAGCUCAAUGUUCAUGUUGACUUGUAAAUGCGAGGUUACAGCAUAGCUGUUUAGUGCGGCGCAUUUUAUUGAAUAAUUUGGUGCAAAUAUGGUGCGCUUCAGGAAAUUUAAAAAAAUUGGUCCCUGAAUAUUACAGUUUUACUUUGAGUCAGAAAUAAAUAAAUAAAUAAGCAAAAAGUAGAGUAAGAUGGAAAGUUUAGAAGACACAAUUCUAACUGUAUUAUGUCUAAAUUGAUGAUUUAGCGAAGGGCGGACUUGAUUCAUUCAGCAGCCUCUCAGCUGGACAAAAACAACUUGGUGAAAUACGACAAGAAAUCUGGAAACUUUCAGGUGAGAUGGAAAGUCUGAUUUUUUGUUUUUAAUUGGCUCUUUUUUCUUUUCUUCAGUUUUGCAUUAAUUUUUGUACACAUCAUUAAUGGCUAUCCUUGAUUUUCCUUUCAGGUGACUGAAUUAGGUCGUAUUGCUAGCCAUUAUUACUGCACCCAAGAAACUAUUGCCACAUACAACAGCCUGCUGAAGCCUACUCUGAGUGAGAUUGAGCUGUUCAGAGUGUUUUCUCUGUCUUCGGAGUUCAAGUACAUCACUGUUAGAGAGGUAGACCGAUAAAUGAAAUCAAAAUGAAAGGUCAUGUAAAUGUGAGUUAGGUGUCCUUACGGGCUGCGGUCUGGGAAAGAGGUCUGGGUUUGAGACUGGGGCUUGUCACUGAAAUGAACUCUCGCCAUACCUCUCUCCAUCUAGGAGUAUGAACGAGUAUACGUAUGAUAGACUAGCAUCCCAUCUAGAAGGAGGAGGUCCCAUCUAAAAGGGGGAGGGGAGAGGUGGGUAGCAGUGCCUCCAGUUUCUCUUAAGAAUGCUGUAGAAACCGUGAUUGGCCCUGGCUAUAUACGCCACUAGGUAUGUAUUCCAACUUGAUCCUGGACAUGCAGAUUGGACAAUUACAAGAAAUUGUAUCACGAGUUUAAAUAAUGUCAUUGCGGUUUAAUUUUUUCCCACUAGGAAGAAAAGCUGGAACUGAACAAGCUGUUAGAACGUGUUCCUAUCCCUGUCAAGGAGAGCAUUGAAGAGCCGAGUGCUAAGGUAUUUUCAUUUUGUAAACAGUUGCACAGCUGUGAGAGUUUGGGACGUGUGUUGUUCAAGUUAUUCUGCAUGUGGUGUUGUGAUGGUAUUGUGUCUAGUUUUUAAGGUGAAAAUUUCGGUUGUUUUCCUGGUUAAGUAAGGUGCUGUUUUCUGCUUAACCCCUUAACCCCUAAGACUGACGAGCACUUAAAUUCUCCUUACAAGAUCACCCUUGAAUCAAACAUUAAGGUCAGAAGAAUUAGGGAAAUGAUCACCGACUAUUAAGAAGCUCUUGAUUGUUAAAAAAUUAUCCUUGUUAGCAGCUUAGGAUUUAUGCGGAGAACAGUAUUUAGAAUACGCAUACUGAUGUUAAGGUGCAAAGGAUGAAAAAAUAGAUUCUAUGUUGCUGUGUAUCUGUUCAGCGAUAGAUCAAAAUGACGUCCAAAUUUGGUAAAAUGUGUGGCACAUGAGGCGCAGCCGAGUGUCACUGAUGUUCUCACUACAAUAUGCCGUCUUCUCUGAUCUGUUACGGUACAGACCCCGUGACCCAUUUGUUUUAAAUGAUAAAAAAGCAAAUGUUGGUAAUGGUUACGUCUUCUAUGCGUCUGUUCUACAAUAGAUCGCAGAUCAGCUUAUCAUGUAAAGUGAAAUUGCACGUACGUAACCAAGGAGUGCCAAUAUUGCGCCAAUAUUGCACAAAUAGCAUUCCUGUAAAAAUACCACAUAAAACUUUUGUAAUAAUCAUUGAUUGAGGUCGUGCAAGGAUCGGCAAUUCUGUGAAUGUACUAUGAACCCAAAGUGUCAAAUUCCUGGAUACCUUUCUUUGGUGUGCAGGGUCGAGUCUUUGGAACAGUGAUAUUUCAGAUGGCAUCUUUGGCAGUUGCGAGAACAACGUUCGCUGUAGCUGCCAUAUAGUUGUCUGAAGACAUGGAAAAUUUUAACAGAGUUUAGAUUUCAUUUGGGUAUCGAAUAGGAAAUCCUCAACUGUUGCCUUUUUUUCCCCUUGCUGUUGACAGGUUAAUGUGUUACUGCAAGCAUACAUCUCUCACCUGAAGUUGGAAGGUUUUGCUCUCAUGUCUGACAUGGUUUAUGUCACACAGGUCAGUUUUUAUUAGGAAAAGGGGGUACGUUUCAAAAGAAAUUGUGGUGCUGCGUCGGUGGGAGAGUAUAACAGGGUACUUUAGUAUAAUCAGCUGAGUUGAUGACGUAAAUUGGCCACCGCAAAGAAUUACAAAGCUGAUGUUUCGAACUUUCGCCCUUCGUCAGAGUAAUUGACGAGGUGCCAACGCUCGAAACUUCAGCUUUGAAACUAUUUACGGUGGCCAAUUUACGUUACCAACUGGCUUUUAAUAGGUAAAGGCUCGGUUGUUCGAAGGAUGGACAACGUUAUCCAGCGAAUAAGUGUUAACAAAAAGUAUAGCGUAAUCCACCGGCUUAGAGAUUUCUCCAAUGGAUGGCGUUAUCUGCAUCGUAACAAUCGAAGCCAAGAGGUUUUUUCGAGUGUGGUAGUUAUCUUUAUAAAGUACUUCUUUGACGUUGAGUUCAAACAAAGCUGUGAUUCAAGGUGAACGUUAAGGGAGAACUUCUUUCGACACUGUCUUAAAGUCAAGGAUGUGGGGUAUUAUGACAGCCAAUCAGAACAAAGAAAAUAUCACAAUUAGCCAACGACACCUUGGGUUGAGAAGAAGCAAGCUACACAAGGCGCGGGAAAACAUGAGUCACAGUUGCUUUUAGCUGUGCUUCUGAUUGGCUGAGAGGGGGCGUGAGUUUUGUAGACCAAUCACGAAGCAGAGUGAAGCAUGUUAAUGCAAUCCUUUAAUGCUUUCGACACUCAGUUGAAUUCUGUGCUGGUGCUUUUGCAGGGCCAUUAGUUAAAGUUUAAUAAUUUUUUUUUCUCCUUUGCAGUCCUCCGGGCGGUUGAUGAGAGCCAUCUUUGAAAUUGUUUUGAACCGAGGCUGGGCUCAGUUGACGGAUAAAUGUUUGAAUUUGUGUAAAAUGAUCGACAAACGAAUGUAAGUAGGAUAUUCCCUUGGAUAAAUAUUUUAUAUGUUUUUUUUUAGUUAGGACAGAACGUUUUGCGUACCUUGCACAGAUUUAGUACCAAAUUUGUGACUCCCAAACACAUCACGUAGUCGUCAUAGUCGUCGAAGGGUCGAAAGUAGACAUCUUAUUUACGAUUUAUUCAUGAAUAAGCUUAUCUACUUAGCUUGAAAAACUCCCAGAAGAAAUCUGCUAUUGUCAGAAGAAACGUGUUAGAGAUGAAAACAAGUUUUUACUAUUUCAGUUCAUAAAGUGCUGUUCACUAGUUUAUCGUCAAGAAAAGGUUAAAAAGAGUUGUAUGUGAUGUAUAGUAGUUAGAGCUUUUAAGAUUAUUUUAAAUCUAGUGUGCCUGUUAUUCGCAAUAAGAGACGUUGAUAUUUUCUCUCAAUCAAGGUGGCUUUCCAUGAGUCCUCUCCGACAGUUCAAGAAAAUUCCCAUGGAGGUUAUUAAGAGAAUCGAGAAGAAGGAAUUCCCUUGGGAGCGAUACUACGACUUGGGAGCCACUGAGAUCGGCGAGUUAGUGCACAUGCCCAAAAUGGGAAAGACGCUGUACAAGUUUGUACAUCAGCUUCCAAAAAUGGAGCUUGCGACCCAUAUUCAGCCCAUAACUAGGUAGGUAGUGUGUGGAAUCAUAUUUCAGUUUUUCUUAGGACCUCCUUAAGUGAAAUCUGCUAACUUAACGGGCGCGAUUUCGGAACGCAUUUUGUCAUCUGUUCAUGUUAAAACUUCAACGCGGUUGCAUUGGUGUGGCUUGACCAUAUCCUGUAAAUGGUAAAAGAACUUAUCAAGUUUUAGAUCACAAGUCGUUCUUGUUAUCGGGUGUUCUUACUGGUAUCUGAUUUAAAAAAAAUAAAACUGUGUUGGUUUUGAAUGCGAGAGAACCAAGAAGUUUUUUCCUUUUGAAAAUAGCAUGUGCUAACCUUGGUCCUGUUCCGUCCUGGAAGGUCCUGCAAAUCACUGUGGUGUUGAUAACGUGAAUUACGUCACUAAGUUGGAGAGCACUUUAACCAACUACUUCCUGUUUUCCUUCUGUAGAUCCACUCUCAGUGUCGAGCUUUCCAUCACCCCAGACUUCCAGUGGGACGAGAAAGUUCACGGGAACUCGGAGGCGAUGUGGAUUUUUGUGGAAGAUGUGGACAGCGAAAUCAUCUUACAUCACGAGUACUUUUUGUUGAAGAGCAAGUUUGCGACGGAUGAGCACACGUUGAAGUUCUUUGUCCCUGUGUUCGAGCCGCUUCCCCCUCAAUAUUUUAUCAGGAUUGUAUCAGACAAGUGGCUGGGUGAGAAUCUUUGGUUCACUCUCGACAUCCAUUCUCUUUAUAAAGCACAGAUUUUAUUUUUUAGUGGGGAGAAUUCAGAUACUGACGUACACCACUGCUCAGUGAUAUGCCACCAAAACUUUAUUAAUUGCGCCAGGGAGAAACUCGUUCGUGUGUUUAACUUUUAAACGCGCAUCAGACUCUACAUGAACGCACAGCAAACGUCAGUGCAGGACACUAUUUGCUACCUGAUUUAAAGGCCGUUUUUGUUUUCCAGUCCUCCAGAGCAAAAGAGCAAUUUCGAAAGAUAUAAGCUGUGGUUUGAAUUUCUCUGUUGUCCAUAUAUUAUGUUCCAUCGUUGUGGAUUAAAAAAUUAUGUUAUAAUGUCACUAAUGUUCGACAUUCAUACUCGGUGAAUUACAGUGAUGAAUGCUUGUGUAUGCUAAUCUUUGAUAAAGUAUGAUCAAGAACGCGAGAGCGAGAAAAAAGGUUAUUUUAGAAAAACGUUGAAAUCGAACGAUAUUUGUUUAUACGUGGAUGAUUGUUGAAUUUGUUCUUUUAGGUUCAGAAACUCAGUUGCCAGUUUCAUUCCGUCAUUUGAUUUUACCUGAGAAGAACCCUCCGCCCACGGAACUUCUAGAUUUACAACCUUUGCCAGUUUCUGCGCUGAGAAAUCCAGCAUUUGAAGGUCUAUACAAGGACAAGUUCCCUUACUUCAAUCCCAUACAGACACAAGGUAAAAUAUUCAAUGAUUUCAUAUUGAGAGGAUUGGUUUUUUCUUGUGGGUUAUUUAAAGUAGUUUUCAAGUGAAUGUCUAAAGUAAUCCGGGAUUACUUUGUUUUUGCUUUACUUCGUUUUGUGAUUGGUCCAGAAAACUCGCGCCACUUUCUCAACCAAUCAGAUUCAAAACUUUAAUCAAGCGCGACUUGGUUACUCGCGUUUUACCGCGCUUCAAGCAGUUUGCUUGUUUUCACUUCCAGUUCUCUUUGGCUCCUCGUUAUAUUUUCCUUCAUAUGAUUGGCUGUUGAAAAACGCUCUAUUCAAAUCCUCCAACGUAAAUUGAAGCCACGUCUGAUGUCAAAAUGCAUUAAUUUGAGGCAACCAGUGAUUUUAAAUAAGUUUAAUUUAACCUGAAGUCAAUGUUGAUAUUAGGACGGCAUGAGGUUGCAUUCGUAGCUGAGCUAUAAAAACGCGUUAAGUCGCCAUCCUUCCCUUAAGUUUUUUGUAAAAACAGAUACCUAUCACGGAGUUAAUUAGAAAUUAGCAUUAACGGCAGAGGAAAAGCGUACAGCACUUUGCGCUUUAUUUCCCACGAUUGCGCGAUAGAAUUUAGACCGAAGGCAGAGCAUGGCCGAAGAUUUCAUUGACUGCUUUCAUCGUAGUUUGGACUUCCUUUUUUCUAUUUCCUUGAUCAGUUUUCAACACCAUGUACAACUCAGACGAAAAUGUUCUUAUCGGAGCACCCACUGGCAGUGGGAAGACUAUCUGUGCGGAGUUUGCAGUGCUGCGACUUCUUCAGCAAACACCUGACUGCAGAUGUGUUUACGUAACUCCGUUGCAGUCCCUUGCUGACCAGGUAAGAGCUUUGAAAGAAAGUUAACGUGAACUGUUCAUCCGUCAGUGGUCACAUGUGCGCCAUGUGUGCACUCGGCGUUUGUUGCUUAUGUUUUCUGUUAUAAAGUAAAUUUAAUUUCAUGUUUUGAUAACUACCUUUUUCCCCACUAUCUGCACAAAUUUCCUGUUUUCCCGCGUUUUGUUGCGGUAUUUUGUUUUUCUUGCGCUUUGAGCGUUUGUCUUGUUUUCCGCGCUUGGCUUCGGUUGUCUUCUUUUCCCUCGCUUGGCUUUGGUUGUCUAGUUUUCCCGCACUUUGCUACGUCAUCUUGGUUUUCCCGCGCUUGGCUCCGGUUGCGUUGUUUUCCUGCGCUUGGCUCGGGUUUCUUGUUUUCCCGCGCUUGGUCUGUCUUCUUGUUUUCCCACGCUUGUCUCCGAAUGGGCUUUUUUUCCCGCGCUUGGCUCCGGUCGCGCUUUUUUUCCCCCCGCGUUUAGUGUCCGUGUUUUUCGCACUUGACUCAUACGACAUCAAAUAUUUUCUGGCCCUUUAUUCCCUGCUUGGUUUUCCGCACAGGCUCAAUGUCUUCAUGAUUCGCUUUAGUGAUGCAACCAAUGAUUUAAAACAUAUAAUUCAUCCUGAAUUCAACUAUGUUGAUAUUAGGACGGCAUGAGGUUGCAAAUUUCUAAUUAUAUUUAAUAGAAUAUCAAGGGAUGUGAAAACAUGUUUGGUGAACAAGCCAAUAACAUACCCUUUUCAUUUGUUUGGUCUUGUCUGUAGUGCAUUUAUGUGGAACAGAGGCUGAAACUGUUCCGUUACGGAAGAUUUUUGGAAUCAUUAAAACUUCGCUUCUCUGAGGGGAAGCGAUAAAUCUGUUUUUCUCUGUGACCUGUUAAUGUAGAGAUGUCUUGUUUUCCGUCAGGUGUAUACGGACUGGCAGAGUAAGUUUGGAUUACAGCUGGGGAAGAACGUUGUGAAACUGACGGGAGAAACUAGCGCUGACCUCAAGCUUCUCGCUAAGGUUUGUGUCAAGGGACCGGUCAUGUGUUUUCGCCUGGGGAGAGAGGGGGUCGGAAGAUUUUGUUUUUUCCACGAUAAAAUUUACCUGAGCCCUCCCUUAAAGCUCUGUAAUAUUCUUUUGCCCCCCACUCUUUGGCAGUUAAUUGGCGGUCAAUUUUCCAUCGUCCUUCCCCCUCCUCUUUUUACUCUGUUGACGACUUCUGAUCCCUCUUCCGCUCCCCCCUGAAAACUCAGUCCCCGUUCCAGCGCAGCAAUGACGCCCCCAGUAUGUAUGCGCGUGAUUAAAUGUCGUAUGAACUGGCGGAGAUUGGUUGACCUUAAUCUCUUUUGCUUACGGAAGCAUCUUUCUCAGCAGAUAAGGGAUUGCUCAGGGUAAAAAACAUAGCUUCGUACGUCAGGAUUCGAGUGAUGGAUUACUUUAUUUCUUCAGGGUAACGUGAUAGUUAGCACUCCAGAGCAGUGGGAUGUGUUGUCCCGACGAUGGAAACAAAGAAAAAACGUGCAGAAUGUACAUUUGUUUAUCUUGGAUGAAGCUCAUUUGAUCGGCGGUGAAUCGGGGGUAAGAAUUACCUUGCGUUAAGUGUUGCUUUAAGUUUUUCUUCUCUGUAAAACCUGUACUUUUAUCUUCGUGUUUUUCAUGUAAAAGAAAUUAUGUUUUGUAUCAGAAACAAAACUUGCUUUCUUUGAUAACAAUUUUGAGCAUGUUCGCGACUUAGAGUCGGCUCACUCGUGCGUGUUUCCCUUGCUAAACACUGCUGAUAUGUUUUCGCGCGCUAACUUCAUACUGAUGGUAUUUUUGCCUGCGUUUGUCAGCCGAGUGAGUGGGGAGGAGUAGAAUGUUUCUUUUCCCCCCUCCUCCCCCCCCUUACAAAUUUUGUUUUAAGUUGAUAGGAGGAUAUGAAUUAUCGAUAUUCAAUAUUGAUGCAUGGUUUGAUGUGAAACAUCCGUCAGUUUAUUGUAACUAAAAGACACAAAUUUCAAUUUCUUGUUUAAUGCACUGUUUGUUUGUGUUUCAGCCUGUGAUGGAGGUGAUCUGUUCUCGAAUGAGAUACAUCUCGUCACAGAUCGAGAGGAAUAUCCGAGUUGUGGCCCUUAGCUCUUCUCUGGCAAAUGCUAAGGUUUGUAAAUUAGGAAGGUUAUCUUGGAGAGAUUAAAUAACCAUGUUCCUUUGCUGUGAAUUUUCAAAAUGGGAGGUAAAUGUAACGUUAUAAGACUGACGAAGUUCUGUUCUGCUUAUAACCACAGGAUGUUUCUCAGUGGCUUGGAGUUGGGCCGACUGGAUUGUUCAACUUCCAUCCAAACGUGAGACCUGUUCCACUGGAGCUUCACAUACAGGUAACUAAGCCUCUUCAACUUUAAGAUUUGUCACAACGUGCUCAAAUGAAUAGGAUUCCAUUGGCUUGUACACCACACUAAAUCUCGAAACGUUGUGUGAAAUCCGCGUGUAUCUUCUUUAUUCAUAGCCAUCCUCCUAUAAAUUUUUUUUUAAAUUUUUGCGACUUGUUUUUUUUCUCAACAAGAAUAACCUGUUGUAGGCGUUCAUUUAAAGAAAAAAAAGCAAACCUUAAGUCUUAUUUCGCUCAGCGCCACUAUUAUAUCCCAUUCACAAGCGACCUGUUUACAGAGUGAACGCUUGGAACAUGCCAUUGGAAUUGCGAAAUACAGCUAAUUGUGUGUUUUGAAGACAGUUCAAACAAAGAAAAAUAUGUCGAGUUUCGUUAGUACAAUAAUUGCCUUAUUAAACAAGCUUUAUCGGGGAGGAAGGUUGCAUCUUGACCUCUUCAGUUUUUGUGUCUUAAUAGAUCUUAAUUCCCCCUCAAGGUGCCAGUCAUUUUUAUGGCCGUUGGGGGAGGAUUUUUUAGGGGGGAGGGGGGUCAAAUGGUUUUCAGGGGAAACGGAGGUGGGAUGAGUCGUCGCUAACGCAGUUUAAAGGGGAACUAAAGAAAAUAAAUUGCCCAUAAACUGACAAUUAGAAGGGGUCAUAAGAAUAUUACAAAGCCUUAUGGGGGUUCGGGUAAGGGUAACCAAAGGGUAACCAAGGGUAACCAAAAUCUUCUGACCCUCCAACCCAAUUCAACUCCGCAAUGAAUAAUGACCGGUCUCUAAAAACGGAAAAAGGGCUUAUUUCCCUGUUGAUGACCAAACGCUUGGGCGAUAGCGAAUAUAAAUAGUCAAAACAUUCUUUUCACUCCAUUUUUAUUGCAUUUGAAUUUUAAAAUGUUUGAUUUUUUUUUAGGGUUUUAACAUCACUCAUACAGCAUCUCGUCUGAUCGCCAUGACUAAACCUACCUAUCAGGCCAUCGUGAAACAUUCUCCCAAGAAACCUGUCAUUGUGUUUGUGCCUUCCAGAAGACAAACUAAACUCACUGCGUUGGAUCUGCUGACCUUCUCUGGCGCCGAGAAUGAUGCGGAGAGGUGAGCCUAAAAGCGAUCUAAAGAAUCAGUUUUUUAUUUUGAUUGCAAACUAAAAUUAUUCAAUGAAUUCGUACAGGUCUGAACCGUUUCAAGGUUACCAAGUCACCCUUUCCUCUUAGAAAAAAAAUAUGUUAUUCUGUUUAGGUUCCUGCAUUGCACCGAGGAAGAUCUUCAGCCUUUUGUGAAGCGUUUGAACGACAAGGUAAAGAAUUUGCUAAUUGCGUUUGCCGUCGAAUGGUUAUAAAAUGACUGAGAAUGAAAGGGCAGUUGUGUACCAUGGGCGGUGAUCUAGGUAGAGUACACGAACUGCUAAAGCAUCGUACAUAGGGUGGAUUGAACCUUUGGAUAGGAAAUUGUUUUUGUCUGUAUUACAUUUUUAUCGGGAUGGCAGUGUUUUGCGAAAUUUUUGGUCACUUUUGAUUCGCUCAUAUAGGAGAGGAUUUAACGCUUUAUCUCCCAUGAGUGACCAAGAUAGAAUUUCUCCUUACAAUAUCAACACAAUACCAAGAAGACAAGUGAUGAGAAUAAAGAAAUAUAUCCAUAGUUGAUUGUUAAUCUUACCUUCUCUGAACUAACAUCAUACGAAUUGUAUAAAAGACGGUAAGGAAAAUUUCUAAUGAGAUCUCGGGAGUGAAAUUGUUAAAUGAGUUUCCCCGUAUGUGUUAUCUGAGAAAGAAGGGUUAAUGUUUUUCCCACGAUAGUUAUGUUUUGAAAAGAAGGUACGUUGCGUAAAUUUGAUAACAAAGUAAUUCUCUUCUCCAGACUUUAAAGGAGACUGUCAGUUAUGGUGUGGCUUAUUUACACGAGGGACUGUCUGAAGGUGAAACGAAGAUUGUGGAACAGCUGUUCAACUCUGGCGCCAUUCAGGUAAUCCACAGCUUAGUUCAGGAAAUCUCUGUAACACGUGAAAAAUUAAUGAGGAUGGAGGUCUCUUGCUUCCUUCGUUACCUUGUAUUGGUCUCGUCAUGUAAAAACCAGUUUUUUUGUGACUGUUUGCGUUACAGGUGGUGGUCGUGUCACGCAAUCUUGCCUGGGCGAUUGACAUGAGUGCUCAUCUGGUGAUCAUCAUGGACACACAGUUCUACGAAGGAAAGAUCCACACGUAAGUCGAACUACCCUUUGUAGCGCCAUUCUGUUCGCUUGUUUUACAAUAAGUCAAGGGAAGAGCCAGGCGAAAAAUAUCCUCGAGUCGUAAUGAAAACAAAAGAUUUUUGGGAGUACUUCGUUUCCGAAAAUUUUGAGACGUGUAACUUUUUCUGUUCUCCUACCGAGCGCAUUUUGAUUGAACUGAAACCAUUAGAAAGCAUAGGAAACCUCAACGGUUGAUCAGACUCAAGGGAUAAGAACUUGGCAAGGGUUUCAAUGAAAGCAAGUUACCAGCGGUCAUCCGCCGACUGUAAGACCUCUUGCCGCCUGUUGAAGUUGCGAACCCGUUUUUGGGUUACACCCUACGGCGCAGCUGCCUAAUGCGCUAUCUGCCGCCCAUGAGAAAAUUUAUCGAACCCUUGACUUGGUCUCAACCUCUUUCUUGCCCUGUGUUCGAGAAGACAUUAGAUUGUAUUUGAUUAGGUGAAAAUUCAGGCGAGGUUUCUUAUCACAGAAAAUGAUCGAUGAUAAAAAUCCUACUAUGUUUCGAUACAGAAUUUAAUAUAUAUCCAACUGUGUAAGAUAUUUUUUUCUUCUUUCUUUCAUUAUAGUUACGUAGACUAUCCAGUCACAGAUGUGUUGCAGAUGAUCGGCCGAGCAAAUAGACCACUGUUAGACGACUCCGGAAAAGCUGUAAUUCUCUGCCAAGCCUCGAAAAAAGAAUACUUUAAAAAGUUCCUUUAUGAGCCUCUGCCUAUAGAGGUGAGUGUUAUCCUUUGGAAUAGAAAUCCGAAAAGAGCGUACGUGUCUUGCUCGCUGGAUGUCGAUUUUUUACGUAUUUGUUUGCACUAGUCUUAGGGCGGUAUCUUUGGUUUUGAAAUUUGGCGGAAAAACAAACAAACAGACAAACUAAUAAGUCAACGAACGGACAAAGUUAGUCUCUGAGCAGGCUUGUCGCUCGAGAGCUGCACCGAGUUACUAAGCGGAGAGUGGGGUAGGACUGGUAACUAAUGUCCUCUGACUUGUUCCCCACUUCCCCCUCCCCUCCCCUCCCCUCUCCCUGUUUGCUCGCGGUAUUUGAAUGUGCCAGCUGUUGUAAAUCGCUUCUGGUAACUAAAAUAUUUAUGUAAACUUUUCUGAACGGUUUCAGUCGCAUUUGGAUCACUGUCUGCACGACCAUUUUAAUGCUGAGGUUGUAACGAAGACCGUGGAGAACAAACAAGACGCCGUAGAUUACCUCACAUGGACCUUCCUGUACCGCAGAAUGACACAGAAUCCAAACUACUACAAUUUACAAGGUGAAUUGCGCGUUAUUUUAAUCUUUCAGUGGGAAAUUUUGACGCAUAAGAGCGCUUCUCUUUGAAAUUUAACCAAACCAUUUUGCAAGUUCAAUUUUGAUUUCAUCUGCUAAUUACUUCAAUAGAGCGCGUGUUGUGUCCUUUGCAGCUCAUUUGGUUAUUUUUAGAUGAUUCAUGGAAUUUUUCUCAGCCUUAGACUUCAGUACAAUCAAGGACAAAAUUACUUUUAGCACUUGGUUAAAACGAUAUGUGUUUUGCUUUUCGUUUCAUUGCGCGCACAAUAUAUUUUGAAUGGUCCCCUCGGAAAGUAUUUGAUUAGGUUUGAAGGUGCUUCUCUGGCCAGUUAGGUGCAAUAAAAGAAUAACAUUAACAAAAAAGGAGCAGUUUUCCUCGAUGUGAAAAUUGACGUUUAAAACACUGAUGACUUUAGGUUUGUUAUCUAUUGCCAUCAUUAAAGAGGAAAGCCGUACGGGUGCUCUUCCCAAACUCCAGCUGGUUACAUGCUUUCACACUUCGCAUGUUCAUUGCUUUCCUCCACAUAGGUGUCACUCAUCGUCAUCUGUCAGAUCACAUGUCAGAUAUGGUGGAAAACACCCUUAACGACCUGGAACAAUCCAAGGUACAGUAUGCAUGUCAAAUAAUUAUCGAUACUGAAUUAAAAACCUUUGAACCCCCAAAAGUGAUUACCUGGUAACUCCUCAUUGCCAUUCAAAGACGUUAUGUCAUCUUGCAAACAUGUUAUGAGAACAGACAAACUUACAUGCUAAAUAAUGUUAUUUUGGGGUUAAACCAAAUUCUUCUGAACAAUUUACUAGGAAUCGUAUGGCAGUGAGCAAGGAGAAUUUGUUAUUGGAUCUUAGGAUGAAAGGUUAAUAAAAGUGUACGGGUUACAUACAGAAUAAACAGUAAUCUAUCGAUUCAUAUUUCUUGUAUUCUUCUCUUGUAGUGUUUGUCGAUUGAGGAUGAAAUGGAUGUAUCGCCGUUAAAUCUUGGAAUGAUCGCAGCUUAUUACUACAUCAACUACACAACUAUUGGUAAGGUCUUGUGUGUCAAUUGAAAAGGUGAAGAUGGUAGUUUUUUCAGAUCUUGUUAGUUGACUUCAUAUUUCGCCAUAUGAUCACAAUUUUUAGUCGUUGACUGAAGACAAAAAAAGAGUUCUGAGCGAGGAAAUAGAAGUAUAAGCCAACUAUAGAUUUCGAAAUUGAUUUUUUGAAGAAGUACGAAGGCAAAACAUUGCAUAGCAACAAGUCUCAAUUAAACUUUCCUAUUGUUAUUGUUUAUUAGAUUCGAACCAUUUGUCCAACCAUCUGUUUCGUUUCACUUUUCAGAGUUGUUCAGUGUGUCAUUAAACGCAAAGACAAAGCUACGAGGCUUGAUAGAAAUCAUCUCAUCCGCUUAUGAAUACGAGAGACUUCCCAUCAGACACCACGAGGACACCACUUUGAAACAGGUGAGAGAGACCUGGAGCCCACCCUCCUGAGAAUUCCAACUUGAAUGUUUAAAUUUUACGAUAGUGAUCGAGGUUACUGCGCGGGGGUGUGGUGAUCAAACGAUUAAAUGGGUACCGACCUACAAACGGACGGUCAGAAAGACUUGACGUGAUACAUUCAAAUGUAGCGAUACUCCUAGUCACCUUGUGGUACAGAAAUCGAAUUUUCCCCAACUUGCUUUUUCUUUGAAUUUUCAAAGGAUAGCGGUAAAAAUGGAACCUGCUGAUCAAAAUGAUUAAAACAAACCCAUGCUUUACCUGAUUCUGAAGAAAGCCAUGUGGAUUAUUUGGUUUAUGAUAAUGAUCAGUGAGGGAUAAGGAUCAGUAUAAUAAAUUUAACCCUUUAGACCCUAACAUCAGUAUGCACACUCUCUAUACUGUUCUCUAUACAUUUCCUGAGGUGCCGACAAGGAGAAUUUUUUUAACAAUCACCACCCAAUUUAAAGGGGGUAAGUUUCUAACUAAACUGUGGUGCUGCGUCGGUGGGAGAGUAUAGCUGGUAAUUUAGUGUUAACAACUGAGUUGAAAACGUAAAUUGGCCAAGGUAAAGGGUAAAAAAAAAGCUGACGUUUCCAACGUUAGCCCUUCGUCUCUGCUCUGACGAAGGGCUAACGCUGGAAACGUCAGCUUUUUUACCCUUUACCGUGGCCAAUUUACGUUUUCAACUUAGUUGAUACGACUCAAUUUAGUUGGUGAUCAUUCUUUAAUUCUCAUGACCUUAAUGUGCGAUUUAGGGUUAAUAUUUUAAGGGGAAGUUAUAUGCUAGUCGCUCUUAAGGCGGGUCAAACGGCCAAGCUGUGGCUGCAGUGUGGGUUAGUCUAGAAGGCAAACCUGGCACUGUGGUGAAGUCGCUGCUCUCUUUCUGUUUUAGCUUAUGAAUCGAGUGCCCCACAAAGUCGCAAAUCCCAAGUAUAACGAUCCUCACGUCAAGACAAACCUGCUCAUCCAAGCUCAUAUGUCCCGGAUGCAACUGUCGGCUGAGAUGCAGUCAGACACAGAGACCAUCCUUGGCAAGGUAUGAAGGAGAGUGGUAGAGUAAUAGAGUAGUAGAGUGACGGAAGGCUGGCUAGUGAAAAAACCAGCCUAGAGAACGAACGAGUAAACAGGACGAUUUACGCGUGAUCGCGAACAAACGAGUGAGCUAGCGAAAGAUUGGACGUAAACGAACGCGGGAACAGAUAAACGAACUAGCAAGCGAACGAACGAAGAAACGAGUGAGAGUGAAACUAGGUAUGAGUGGACGAACGAGUACUCGAAUAAACUACCGAAAGAGCUCACAAACACGAUGGAACGAUCAAGCUUACGAACGAGUCAACAAGAAAACGGUGUAGUAGAUUCAAACGAUCUAACGAAAAAGCGGGAGGGCGAGUGAAAGAUGAAACUAACUAUAGGUGUAGAUAUGUGGAGCAAGCGGGUUUCUAUUCCUAGGUUUUUUCAGUGCUGAGGAUCAUAUCUAGAGGAUAUUUAUUGGAUUGUACUGCAACUAUCUUUCCCUUUUUUUUCCCAGGCCAUGCGUCUUGUUCAAGCCUGUGUAGAUGUGUUGAGCAGCAACGGAUGGCUGUCACCUGCGCUGGCCGCCAUGGAGCUUGCCCAAAUGGUAAGUGGGCGCGUGCGCACUCUCAAAAGAGAGAGAUGAAGGAUUUUGAAAGUCUUGAGAGCUCUUUUCGCUCUAUUGUCGUGGAGUGAAAACCAAAGUUAUUACUAUGCCUUAUUAGAACAAACGAAAAUGUCACAAGGAGCCAAUGAGAGUUCAACAUGAAAACGAGCAAAAAUGACUGGAGCGCGGGAAAAUGCAUGUGACCAAGUCGCGAAUGGUUUUAGUUUCGCAUCCGAUUGGUUUUUGAGCACUUGAUUGAUUAUGGUAAAACCAAAACCAAAACCAAAGUAAAAUCAACGGCCAAUCAGAUGAAAAGAAAAUACCUUUUAGAGCCAAUGGGAAGUCAGAGUGAUAACAACCAAACUGUCUAAAGCGCGGGGAAACGCGGGCGGCAAAACGCGGGCGACCAAGUCGUGUAUGGUUUUAGUUUUGCAUUUGAUUGGUUGAGGGGGGGUGGUGCGAAAUUCUUUGGUCAUAUCACAGUGCGAAGUAAUGCAAAACCAAUGUAAUUACGGAAUAUUUUCGACACUCAAAUAAAGAUUGGUCUGAAGGGUGGUUUGAGAGUUCAAAACCAAUCACCAAGCGAAGUUGGGCGAGCUUAUGCAAUUUCGGAAUACCGUGGUGCGGAAAUUUUUAUUAGUAGUAGUAUUCACAGUUCUCAUUUCCUUUAUGUAGGUUACUCAGGCCAUGUGGAGCAAAGAUUCCUACCUGAAACAAAUUCCUCAUUUCAGCUCGGAGAUAAUCAAACGAUGCGUUGAUAAGGUACUGUAAAGGCAAUUAACAUUAGGGUUACGCCCAUUUGCUCAAGGAUGCAUUGUAAUGCUCACAGAGUAUAACGUUCACUCAUCACGAAGUGGCUCUGAAUUGACUUGUUAAAUGCGAGAAACUUUCUGAUAUUGUAAGCACAAUAAAAGAAAUUUUCAUGCGGUAUAUUUCAGGGAGUGGAAUCAGUGUUUGACAUCAUGGACUUGGAAGACGAUGAAAGAAACAAACUUUUGAAACUGGAUGACAGCCAGAUGCAGGUAAGAAACUGCUAUGUUUAGUUAAAAAUAAACGUAUGUUGCUACGUCUCUGUCUGUCGGUCAGUCGGUCAUUCGUCAUUCGUUCUGUCUGUCUGUCUGUCUGUCGGUUGGUCUGUCGGUCUGUCUGUCUGUCUGUCUGUCUGUCUGUCUGUCUGAGUCUGUCUGUCUGCCUCUCUUUCCCAACUGUUCUACCUUUCUUUCAUUGCAGGAUGUUGCCAGAUUUUGUAACCGAUAUCCAAACAUUGAAUUGUCCUUUGAGGUACAGGAUAAGGACGAUAUCUCUGCGUAAGUUCAAACUGCAUCCUCCAUUGUUCCGCUGUUUCUCCCAGAAUUAUGAAUAUCGUCAUUAUGUGUGUUAGUCCAGGAAUCUGUAGCACUGAGUUUGUGAAUUAUUGUGUAGAUGACAUUGAUAGCGCGCUUUAUUGCAAUUGUGGUUCCCUGGACUAAACAUGAUAUUCCUUGGUUCCUUAUUUGAAGGGGCUCUCCUGUGAAUGUUGUUGUGGACCUUGAUCGUGAGGAUGAGCAGCCAGGCCCGGUGAUUGCACCGUUCUUUCCGGGAAAGAGAGAAGAGGGCUGGUGGCUAGUUAUUGGGGACACCAAGAACAAUGGGUAAGAAGACGGCACUUUUAGAUUCAGACUUAUUUUAAUCACAAAGCAAACCAAGAUGAAUUAGAGAUAUUUAUUAUAUAUUUCAUAUGGUUUUCGCACUCAAAUUGGUCGAUAGUUGUGUUAAAAUAAUCGUAUGUAAACUCAUUCGUUAAGUCUUAGACUUAAACACUUGUUCUGUAUUUUUUUUAAAAUAUUCUAUUAAAGCUCUAGGUCUCUUGUCGAUAGUUUUAUAAACCACCAGAGGCUUCUCAGAUUUGGAUGAUUUUCUCAAAUUCUCCCUUCUUCCGGUGUUGAGAUGAGACUAUGUGACAAAGAUCCUCUAGUGCUUAACAGCGAUACGAGCCAGCCUUCAGAUCGUCACCAAGUUAUUAUGCCGACGCGUGUACUUUAAGCCGUUUAGAAGUUUGAGAAGUUUAUUAAUUAUUUUUGUUAAUAUUUUAAAAGAGUUACUUUGUAGCUCAUUGUUACCGUAUCGGAGCGCAAAAUCAGAAAUCGAUUCCUUGGGGGAAUUAUGUUGUUGUUGCAAGUCCGCGAGCAGAUAAACGACAUUUUACUUUAUUCGACGACUGAGCUAAAACUUGCCACCAUCUUUUUUUUAAUAUGAAUACAUACCUAAAAAAUUGUCUGUAAAGGAAUAUUUAUAGCGAAGAGAAUAUGUUUUUUUUCAGCCUAGGUAGAUAAAAACCUAUUUAACAGAAACGCCGUAAGUUGUCACUUCUAUUUUUUUUUUCAGUAGUAAGAAAGUUUACAUAUGACAAAAAAAAAAAUAAUCGCGAAUCGUAACUAAGCUCUUUUGAAACGUUUCUUUUUCUUUCAGAUUAAUUUCGAUCAAGCGUCUUACGCUUCAACAGAAGGCCAAGGUUAAACUGGACUUUGUGGCUCCGAGUUCGCCUGGGAACUACUCUUAUACUCUGUUUUUUAUGUGUGACACAUACAUGGGGUGUGAUCAAGAAUAUCCGUUCAAGAUUAACGUCGGAGAAGCCGCCAGUGGAGACGAGGAAAGCGGCGACAGCGAAGCUGAUGAUUAAGAGAUUGUUUGAUACAAAAACUGAACAAAUUCUGUCAUCGUUAUCGCGUGACUGCAACGGAACACUUAAGUCAGGCAAUCCCGUCUUUCAGAUUGUGGCGGCAGAUACCUACUCCCAAUGUACAUAUUAGUUGAGCGACUACGGUUUAAAAGAAACCUUAGCAAGUGGUUUUUUUUUCUUUUUUUUUAACAAUAAGUCUUUCUUGAAAACCUCAGUAUGCAAUAAAUUAAAGCGAUGUGGAAAUAGUUCGCAAGAAGAUAAAGGAUUCUUGGAGAGUAAUUUUAAACUUCUUUCUCCAUAAGUGCCAUUAAAUAUUGUAGGACAUUGUAAACUUGUUCGAAAAUGAAUAGAGCUCGUGUAAAAGACAUUUUUCAUUAAUUAGACUGACUGUGUAUACAAACGUACCCAUAAAUGAAAUACCGGAUGUUUUAUUAAUGCAACCCUGCAUUUGGAUCAGCCUUAAACAUAACGUAAAGCACUAAAAAGAUUUCCUUUUAAGAUAUAUUUGUGAUCGCUUUACGCAUUAGUACUUUUCAAUGUAAAACCCCCAAGGGUAGAAUGUUAGGUAAAACUUGUACAGUUUCGCUUGCAAUCCUUGUUGGCAAGUCAUUUACAUAAGUAAGUUUUGUUCACCUCCUUUAUGCUGCCACUAUUAACAUUGUCAUCUCUUAAAUGUUCGUCAUACAAGAUCUUGCUGGAUCUUGGAGACAUGUUUGAGGCUUGACAAUGUUGCCUUGGUCUCUGGUAAACCUAUUUUCCGAUUGUGGAAUUUGUCCGGCGUAUAAAAGGGAAAAAUAUCGCAAUUUUAUAAUCAGUUUAAGCUGAUAAGUUGAGCUCUUUCGAGAGUAACAAAAGCCCUUACUUCAGUAAAUGACGAAUACGAUCAGUCGCCAACAGCUGAGCUUUUCAACAUUCACUUCAACAAUUUAAUUUUACCUGAAGGGACCUUUAAUAAGCAGUCUGACAAGUGUUUCAGUUGCCCGUCGACAGGGCAAAAUAUUCUAUUUUUAGAAAUUAAUAACUUUUCCAAAAUCAUUACAUUAAAUCUUUCGAAGUGUUUUAACGUAGAUGUCUUGGAGAGAUAACAACUAAAACUGCAUUAUGUUCGACUUUUUUAAAGAUUGCUUUCUUGGUCUAUUUUGGGGCUCAAAUUUAAUAUGAGAAUUACCUUCGAAAGCGGACGUAAGCUAUCUUCCUCUAUUUAUCUUUAAAAGUCUUAGACGACGAUGUUAUUUUUGAGACUUCCGUGCGGCGAAGCACAUAGACACGCACAAAAAAUGUCGACUUUUCCGAUGAUAAAAUCUUAAGUAACUGACUGAGGAUCAAGACAUCAUUUCAAUGACUUUCCAAACCAAACGCAAAGUAAAUCUUUCAUUCUUUUUUUCUCCCCUGAUAUUGUUCGCCGAUAAUUAGCUAGGUUAGUUUUUGUGCCUUGCCAUACUUUGACGUUACGAUUAAAUGCCUAACUUUUCCUGCUGUUUGGAGAAUGAAAAGUUUCGCACUUUAAAAGACAGAAAAAGUCCACCAUGAAUGCAGCAUUUUAUAAUUACUCUCUCUAAAUUUCAGUGACGUUAUCCUCAACUUUAAUACAGAGAUUACAGUGCCUGUCAUGAAUAG